CAAUUCACAAACUCAAUAAAAAAUGCCAAAAUCAAAAGUGGUACAUUUAGAUGCAAAUGUUGUACAAGAAAUUUGUUCCUAUUUGAAUGUAGAACAAUGUAUUCGGAUGCAAAUGGUCAAUUCAUACUUUUAUCAAGGAGCAUUACAACACUUGGCAAUUUAUGAUGAGUUUCGGAUGACCAGAUGGUUAAAGUUUCGAAUAGAAACUGCUGGAAAAAAUAGACUCUCUGCACUUUCGGCCUUUGCACUUGAUUCGUCUGCUAUAACCUCUAAUUCCUUCCCAACCAGAAUUAAACUAACAGCUUUAUCUGAUGAGAAGGAAAUUCCCUCUCGUGACAAGGCAUCAAAAAGUUUAAUUUUAAAACAAUUUAGAAAUUUAUUGAGUACUGUAUUUGUAAAUGCAAAAAGAAUUCACUUUUCUGAUUUGCAUAUUACAAAGGAUUUACUGGAUAAUUUAAUGUAUGAUAAGAGGACGAUUAGAGAAAACACAAACGAUAGAAUAACAUUUAGGAUGAGUGAUUGUACUGUUUUUGAGACUGUGGAACAUAUUUCAUUUGUUGGAUGUUCAUUCGAAGCUAAAUCUUUGAAUUUUUCUAAAUGCACCAAUUUGAGGAGUGUUUUAUUUCAAUCCUGUAGAAUGACAUUAUCUGAUAUUGAAGGAAUGUUUUGUGGAAGAGCAAAAUCAAAAUCUAUCAAAUUAGUAUUUCAUGAUUUGGUUCGUUUUGGCGAAUAUAAGAAUGAGGAUAAGUUGACUGAACAAGAUUUGGUUUUAAUGGAAAAGAUGGGAUUAAAUUACACAAAAGGUCUUUCUCACUUUGGGCCUCUGCAGUAUGGAAUCGAAAUUCCAAAACAUGUAACUCUAGUACCACUUAGUACUCCGUCUUAUUAUGAUGAGAGUGUACCCACAAGAACACUCAUUGAUAAUUCUUUGAAAAUGUAUGGAAUCCUCUCUAAUACUCUUGUUGAUACUUUACUGCAAAGAGCAUUUUCAAAGGAUGAGGAUGAUUUGAUUGAAAAUGUUGAAAUGAUUCUUGAGAAUGGAGGUCAUCUCUUUGAUGUAUCUUACAGAGUGUAUUCAUUUUUCUGCAUAGCAAUUGUUAAUCACUACUCAAAUACUCAAUUAUGGAAUCUCUUGGAAAAGCAUUAUUUCUACAAAUUACCUAAAUUUACAAGCAGUACAAUGACACACGUUACCUAUUCCUAUUCCAGACUAAUUAGUGAUCUUAUUAUAGAUACUCUCCGAGUCAGGGUAGAAGAUGAAGAAAGAGCAUGUGCUAAUAUUGAAUUAUUCUUUGUGGAUGUUUAUGAGAAGAAUUUCAAGAAGGAUUUUACAGAAUUUUUCAAUUUUCUUCUCAAUAACCAUCCAUCCCUCAUUGGUAAACUGGCUGAGAGAGGAUUCUUUGAGCCAAGAUCAUUAGCCCAUAGAUUUGAUUACAUAUUCGAUAAGCAGGGCUUUGAAAAUAAGAAAAUAUUAGAAGCAUACAAUGUGAUUGAAAACAUUGUGAGAAACUACAAUAGUGAAGAAACUGAGAAGAGAAAGAGAGAAUCGACUGAAGAAACUGAUAUUUCUAAAAGAGUUAAACAGUAGAAGUUUAUAAAUUCAUUACACUCUUUAAUUGUAACGAUAUUUCUUUCCAAAUAAAUCCGUAUUCUUAAUAUUCAA